UGAUCGAGGACAAAAGCAGUAUGGCAUUUUCUAUGAACAUCCUAAAGUUGGUUUGCAUUUUAUAUUCCUGUAAUCAGCUAUGCGAAGCUCUCAAAGAUACAAAAGGAAGAACAUUUUCUUUGGCUUUCUUUCCGGAAUCUACAUUUACUCCAACAAAUGCUCUUCGAAACAUUCUGUACUUCUCAUCCCCUUUUGGCGGUGUUUGUACUGUGAACUACAACGACGGCACAAGACGUCAGACCACUGUGAAUGUUGUCGCCAACGAUGUAGUUAAACUGGCAUUACCUGACGCAACACAACUACCAGCUGGAACAAGAAUAGAACCAAAGGCCAUUUAUGUGAACUGCACAACGGCAAUAGCUCUUUAUGGACACAAUAAGUACGCGGACUAUGUGGAAACAUCAGACUCAUUCACAGUUCUUACUGAUGAUAUGUUGUCAGCGGAAUAUAUUGUUGCAAGUGUCGAGAAGACUGCAAAUCUUGGCGUUGUGGCCACCCAAGAUAACACUAAGGUUUCUGUGGUCCUUAAUGCAACAUGUCAAUAUGUAUUUAACAGCGUCCGAUACACAGCUGGAGACACUGUAAAUGCCACACUGGGCUAUGGUGACGUCUUUCAGAUUGGUUUAGCAUCAGAUGCGAGCUCUGAUAAGUGUGACUUAGGGGGAACCCAAAUCUUUUCUAAUCAUCAAGUCUCAGUGUUUUCAGGGGCUGUGUAUGUCCGCGGACCUAUCUGUGACGCAACCCUUCAUGGAAAUCAUCUGGUUAGUCAAGUUCCCCCAGAGAGCGCAUUCUCAAACAUCCAAAUUAUUCCCAAAGUGGAGACGAGUGACCUUGAGGCUAUGACGUUUCGUGUAUUGGCAAAGUAUGACAAUACAGUCGUGAAUAUAACAAAGGAAGAAGUAAGUGGAAAUGUAGAGACAUGGUCUACAUUACUGAAUACCGCCGACGUUAAAGAGUACUGUUCUCUAUCGCCUGCCACCUUCAUCAUACAAAGCACUCGGCCAGUAAUGUGUACUGAGCUUAUUUAUUUUAAAGGUCUUGGAGGCACAUCGUUGUUUGUGCCAGGAACGGUUCUUUAUGACAACAACUACAUUGUAAAGAGUUUAGAUUUGGAUGGGGUGAACAAGGAGAGUCCAAUGAUGACUAUUGUAUCUGAGGUGUCAUCAUUCAUGGAUGUUCGUGUAAAUGGUCAACAUCGGGAUGACAUCCAGUGGACUAACCUCUCAACGGCACCUUACACUGUCGGGGUACUACAGAUACACCCUCAAAGACCAUAUGUUGUCAACAGUUCAUCGCCAAUUCUAGUCAGACUUCACGAAUCAUUUGGCAUGGAGUCAUACAGCUACAAUGCAGGAUACCGUCUUCCGUCACUUGCAGAAACACUGGAUGGUACUAUCACCCUCAAAUGCCUACCAGGAGGCUGGUUCAUUACCAUGGACUUCAGCGAAUCAAACCUGGACCACAUUCCCUUCCCCCAACUCUACAUGACAAGGGACACGUGUGUCGGAACGAUGCAGGGACAGCAGCUCAUAUUCAACAUGUCCUACAACGACUGCCACACACAAACAAGUGUAUCCAAAGGAAUGGUUACGUUUAAGAAUACCUUGGCGUAUGCACUACCAUGGACCGAUCAUUUGGUUCGAGAUGUCAUCUGGGUUCAUGAUGUCAGCUGCUCUGAACCAGUGGAUGGGACGGACUCUGUUCACCUUUACCCUGAUUUAAAUACAACUGCACAUGGCUCAACAUCUGGACAGGUGCAAGGAUCCAGCGUCCAUAUAUCCCUGUACCAAGAUGCAUCAUAUAUGCACCUUUUGAAGGGCAAUUUGAUUCACAAUAAGAUUGGAGCACCUGUGUACGUUGAAGUUGCCUCGCCAGGGACUUCCAAUACAAUAAUGGUGUUACGAUCAUGUGACGCCCACCUUGACAGUGUUCCGGGGAAACAAGCAUCUUAUCCUCUCAUUACAGAUGGGUGUGCCGUGGCUGCUCGUACUCAGAUCCUCGUGACGAGGAACUCCGUGACCAGGUUUAAGUUUGACAUGUUUGACAUCCCCAAUGAACAGGACGGCAUCUACAUCACUUGUCACGUGACAUUCUGUGACCAGAUGGACUUCUCCGACAAGUGUCAACAGCAGUGUCACUCAAGUCCAAACAUAAUUGGCUAAAACUUGUAAUGCAAACCAAAAACGAUAAUGGUUCGUUACACAGAUUUGAAACGGAUUCUGUUGAUUAAUAAAACGGUCAUUUGUC